AAAUAAUUCAAAGUAAAUUGUGGAAUUUUUAUUUUUUGCUUGUCAUUUUAGUAGCUUGUUUUAAACAAAAGAUUAUUCACAUACAUACAUAUGCGUGUAUGUACAAAUAACCACAUUGAAAGGGGCGUAGACUCAAUAUGCUGAACAGCCAUCGCCAUUUGCAUGAGCGGGAUAGCGCAUUAAAUGCGAAUAACGGAAACAGUAGCCAUCAAUAAAUCUGAGUGGUGGUGAGUUUCACCCAAGCAAUAGUAUAGCGGUUAUAGAAAUGGCUGAGGUGGAUUAGCAAGUGCCGCCUUAACAACAACAAGCAGUAUUUUAAUUGAACAUAUAAGCAGCAAGUGUAGUGAGGCGUUGAGCGUAGAGCUUGAGCGCGCGCGAGAGAGGGAGAGCACAUUGUUGAAUAAAUAAGUUUGUGUGACUUUAGCUUUGCUCUAGCGGUUUAUGGAAUUUGAGUGCGAAUAGUGCUGUGCUUAUGAUUGUAUACGAGUAUAAAUGUUGCCACAUAUGGUUCUAUGUUUUCUGGAAGCUGUUUGUUUGUACACAUGCCAAAGCUGACGCCUAAGCGUGCGCGAGAGGCUUUUCAUUUCGCACAGCCGCAAUAUGUGUGUGUUUAUAUAGGCUCUCCUUAAUGUACGAUGGUGUGGUGUAUUCUGGCAAUCUGCUGGAAGCUGUUGCUGUGUACAUUUUGUGUUCUUGUUUUUGUAUUUCUGAGAUUUUUAACGCUCUUUGCUUUCGCUGCUUUCGUUUCUAUAUUCAUAUUUUAUUUAUUUAUUUGGUGAAAACACAUUCAUUUGAGAUUUUUCGUUUGAAUGUGCGACAGAUUUUCAUUAGCAACAGUUUAAAUAAAAAACUCGUACAUAUCAGCCGAGCAGGCGCGUGAAUUGACGGCAAGUGUGCAGCAUAGUGUUCUAAUAGAAAAUCAAAUUAAACGUUUUCAGUUUACAUAUGCGCGUACGUACAAUUGAAUUGUAUAUCAAUUAUCAUUAGAAGACGGUAUUGAGAUUUAACUGACUAAAAAGUGAAAAAAUUCCUUACAGAAAAAAGUUUGUGUGCAAUUGUCUUACAACAAAAAAAGUGUGCAAAUGAAAACUCACAGUGAAAAAUAAUGAAAUUCCCUUCGCGUAGUAAUAGCAAAAGCUCGACUAUAAUAGCUACAGUGCAAAACGCUGGCGCUAGUAACGGCAUGCGUGCCUCAAAAUAUGUAAACGUGCAUAAGGACACCAAUAAGGACACUGGCAAGGACCGGCGCAUGCCUAGUCUGUUAGCGAAUGCAGUGAAAAUGAAGAUUACAAAGUGUAAUGCCACCAAGUUGGCCAACUCCAACAAUGGAAAUAAAGGCUUAGGCACGACGACUAUGUCGAAUACAACAACAAAUGCAUUUUACAACAAUAUGUGCAGAUCAUUGAAUGAGAAUCACAGAAUGGCACAGCUAACGAAUUUCCAAAAUACUCAAGAAUCAAAAGGAUUAGACACAUUAAAUGGACUUUAUUCAACAACAACAACCACACAACAGCACAAAACAAGUGGUGAAUGUGGCGAAAUGGAGUGUCAACCGAUACAACAACAAACACAAUAUUACGGACAGCAGGAUCAGCUAUUGGUGGAAGAUAUGUCAGCUUGUAUGGCAAAAGCAACAACAACAGAAACAUCAAAUGAACAGCGUGAUCAUUUCAAUCUGCUGUCCAACAACGACACAAGAGUGACAGGGAACGGCGGCAUAUUAAAGGAAGGGCAGCGCCAAUCACCACCACAGCCAAUGCUGAGCGAGCGUGCAAGGAUCGAACCUACAACAAUGAAACUGGCUGCGCCCAAAGCUGACGCAGCCGAACACUCAAUACAGUCAACACAGCAACAGCAACAACAACAACAGAAAGUGCAGACAGUGCAGCACACAGAAGAGAAUUGUACGCAGGCGAGAAACACGAGCAUAUCUCAAACAACAACAACAAAUGCAAUGCACUCGCCUUGUACGUUUGUAAACUCACACACGCAUAGCCGAUCGACAACGCCACCGACACCACAAGCGCACACAAAACCAACACAACAAGCCGAACAACAACAACAACAAAAACCUCCUGCGUCAUUGUCAACGUCGUCUUCGGCCGCUAUACCGUCGCAUUCGUCUUCGUCAUCAUCUUCGCAUUUGGCUUCGUUGCUUGCACAGCCUGCUGCUAAACUGGCGUUGACGUCGUCUUCGGCGGCAGCGACGACUGUGUCCGCGUCGCCAAUAAGGUCCGCAACACCAAAACUCAUAUCAGUUGUCAACGAAACAUCAAAGCAAACGGUGUUACGUACGAUCGGUGAAGCCCGAACCACAUCAUUAACAACAGUAAAAUCAACAGCAGUGAACGCUUUAGAGCAAACGGCUAAUGUUACACAAAUAAAAACUCCCACAACACUUGCAACGAAUGCUUAUUUUGAAGUGAAAUUAGAGACGACGAGUCAAGUCGAAGACGAAACGGCGAUUCAGCAACAGCAGCAGCAAUCGAGCGGUGACGUUGUUGUUAGAGAUAGCGUCGUCAACACGGAUCCCCAACAAAUACAACAACAGUUAGUGGCGCGAGAUAAAAAUGCCAAAAACGUUGAUAAGUUUCGUAAUGCGAUAACAACGUCUACGACGUUAACAAAAACAAAACAAACACUAAUACCGACUGCUGCCGUGGCGCCGGUUGUAACCGCAAAUGCCGCACAAAUAUCCGUUAUCAACAGUAAUAACAAUAAUAAUAAUAAUAAUAACGGUAAAUUAAGUGUUAGUGUAAACAAUACGAAUGCGAGUGAAAUCAGAAAUGCCAAAAUUAGUGAUAAACAACAAGAACAAAUACCUGUAGAGCCACAACAAGACGAACUGCUGCCACUUAAUUAUCGCGGUGCAAACAAUUCGGUGAUUAUAGCUAAUUUUACUAGCAAUAGCAACAAUAACAACAACCACAACGCAAUUAACACGUCGCACUACGCACAAGAGGCGGCACCCGAAACAGCAUCGACAACAACAACAGUUCAAAUAUUAACAGGUGAGCAACAUUUGGCUGAACCGCAGUAUUUGCGCUACACUCAGCAAUUGUCGCAGGAUAGUAUUGGUGAGGUGCAACAUCAACAUCACCAGCAACAACAGCAAUUGCUGCAACUCACAACAAAUAUACUCAACGGUGCUGAUCCCAAUUUGAAUUUGGCUGUCGCCGCUGAACUGCAACAACAGCAGCAACAACAAUAUCACCAGCAUUUUUUCACCCCUUACAAUAGUUGUGCGUACGAUCUGUCGCGCCAUAAUCAACAACAGUUGCUACAACUUGAUCACCAGCAGCAGCAACAACAAACACAACAUCUUACAAAAGAGUUGCUCGAUAAACCCGACUUAAUUGCUUUACAUCCCUCACAUUUACUAUUUACUCAACAUCUGUCGACGGCGUCGCCGUACGUACACUCACCACCGUCGCAUUUACAUCCACACGCGCACCCGCACGCACCACAUCCACAAUUCAUUGACGACAAUAUGCGCAACAAUUUCAGUCUAUACACCUAUGGUGGCAAUCCACAUGAUCAUCUGCAGCAUCACUCAAGCACUGGCGCCGCACCCAGCAGCAUUGACGAGGUCAUACAGGACACGCUGAAAGAUGAGUGUCUCGAGGAUCAUCACACGGGUGUCAGUUACUGUACGUUGACCACCGUGCCCGACCUUAAGGAUGCCUAUCAUCACACGCAUAUGCUGGGUGCAGUGGAGCAACAGGUACUGACACCCACUCAGCUGCAUCAGCUGCAUGUGAACACACAUCAACAUCACAACAAUUCAGUGAGUUCGGGUGGCGGUUCACCGUCGCCCACAUCACUUUCACACGGCGGUGCGGCAGGUGACGUCUCCAGCUUUACACAAUUGACCAAUGCGACGGCCUACCGAGACGUGUAUGGUGGCUUUACCACCGAUCCGACUGUUAUAUCACUGUUUCCGUCCCCGCUGAGUCCAGUUCUAACAAGUUAUCCCGGAUCCCUCUUGACAUCGGCCACCAAUGGCAUUCAACAGUAUGGCAUGCAACCGAGUAGCGCAAUCAGCGCCGUUUCAUCCGCCUCGCCAUCCCAUCAGCCAGCACAUUCGGCCGCUUCCACGCCUGGCGCACAUGCAACCAACUCUGUAGUGGUAGCGGGUACCGGUUCCGGUUCAAAUUCCAUCAACAACGAUGACUACGGCUCGCCGAAGAGCAAUACCAGUAGUAAUGGUGGUGGGGCGACCAACAGUCAGUCACUUGCUGGUGGCAGUGGACGUUUGCCUGCAUUUCAACGCAUCUCCAGUUAUGUUGGUGGUGCGGGCGGUGCAGCUGGUGUCGGCGGUGUGGCGAAUGUCAACGUCGGAGGUGGCGGCGCCGAUCGUUACACAUCGUUGACAAAUUAUCGCACAAACGACACAUGGGCAGGCCAUUAUGAGGCAAUUGGUUACGCGCCCACUUCGGUCGUAACGAGCGCUGCCGGCCUAGUUGGAAACACGAAUGUCAUACGCAGCUGCAAUGGACGUGCGGGUCCGGGCGUUGGCGUGGUUGGUGUUGGUGUGGAGGGCUCCGCAUCAGCCAAUUUGGCGGCCGCUGCGGCACAUUUGACUGCAUCCGCAUCGUUGUCGGCAACAUUUUACGAUGCCGAUUUUAUCACCGACGGGCGAGAAUGUGUCAAUUGUGGUGCGGUUUCAACUCCAUUGUGGCGCCGUGAUAAUACCGGACAUUAUUUGUGCAAUGCGUGCGGUCUUUAUAAUAAAACGAACGGCAUGAAUCGCCCCUUAAUAAAACAGCCUAGACGAUUGAGUGCAUCCCGUCGUGUUGGUCUUUCCUGCUCGAAUUGUCUCACAACACACACCUCGCUCUGGCGCCGCAAUCCCAGCGGUGAGCCCGUUUGCAAUGCCUGCGGACUGUACUUCAAAUUGCACAGCGUGAAGCGGCCCUUGAACAUGAAGAAGGACACCAUACAGACACGCAAGCGCAAAGCCAAGGGCGCCAAGGGUGAAAAGUCCAGCAAAAG